GCCUCUGCGACGCGGCGCGCGGUGAUGGCGACGGUGCUGCGGACGGCGGUGGGACGAGGCGCGGGGCGGCCCUAAGUGCGGCGCAGGGCUCCCGCUGUAGGCGGGUGGGGAGAAGGGGUGAAGGAGUGCGCGGCGGCAGCUUUAUACGCGCGGCUGCGGGGGGAGGGGAGCGGCGUGCACGUGGGCACAGCCCCGCCCCGCCCGCCCGCGGCCUGAGGGGAGCGUCGGCGGCACCCGGAUCUCCGCGCGAGGCGGAACAAAGGCCCACGCGGGGCGGCGCCGCGACCAUGUCCGGCGUGAGGAGAGCCCUCGCCGAGAAGGACCCCGACUACGAGGAGAUCGCGGUGGCUCCGCCCAGCAAACGGCACCGUGCCGCCGAGCAGUCAGCUCGAGAUAUUGCUGUGCAGAAGAUUGAGACAAUUAUAAAAGAACAGUUUGCUGUAGAAAUGAAGAAUAAAGAACAUGAAAUUGAAGUUAUAGAUCAGCGCCUAAUCGAAGCAAGGCGGAUGAUGGACAAGCUGCGUGCCUGCAUCGUGGCCAACUACUAUGCAUCUGCUGGGCUUCUGAAACCUGGAGAGGGGAGCAGGUCAUGUGAUGCCACCAUUCUUAACCACCCUUCCAUCAAGAAGUUUCUGGAGUCGCCCUCCCGCUCAUCGUCCCCUGCUCACCAGGGCUCAGAUGCGCCAUCAAACAGCCACUCCGAGAGUGACUCUCUCUCGCAGCACAACGACUUCUUUCUGGACAAGGACAGUGGCAGCCUUGACGCAGAUGAGCGGCUGGCAAACAGCCUGGACCAGAGGCACAGCAGAAGUGCUGGCCGGGACAGUUUGGGUGUUUCAAGUUCCCAAAAAACAGGACAACGAAAUGCCGGGCUGUCAAACGAUGAGACAUCACGGCUCUACGUGAAGAAAACAAUUGUGGUGGGCAAUGUCUCCAAGUACAUUCCCCCUGACAAGAGAGAAGAAAAUGAUCAGUCUACCCAUAAAUGGAUGGUGUACGUUCGAGGCUCUCGGAGAGAACCCAGCAUAAAUCACUUUGUCAAGAAAGUUUGGUUCUUCCUACAUCCCAGUUACAAACCUAAUGACCUGGUGGAAGUAAGAGAACCUCCAUUCCACCUGACCAGGAGAGGUUGGGGAGAAUUCCCUGUGAGAGUCCAGAUACACUUCAAGGAUAGCCAGAACAAGAGGAUUGAUAUCAUACACAAUUUGAAGUUGGACAGGACCUACACUGGCUUGCAGACACUAGGCGCAGAAACGGUAGUGGAUGUGGAGCUACACAGGCAUUCCCUUGGCGAGGAGUAUCUCUUUUCCCAGUCUUCAGAGUCGGACCUUUCUGAUGCUCCAGCAUCUCUACCACUGCCACUGAGUAUCCCAGCACCAGUUAAAGCUUCUUCACCAAUUAAGCAGUUGCGUGACUCCAGCCCUGAUGUUUCUGGGGACAAAGGAUUCCCUGGGAAUGCUGAAACCGAAAGACAUGCCACGUUUUAUUCCCUGCCAUCUUCAGUAGAGCGGACUCCUACCAAAUUAGCCACUCAGAAAGUUCCCUUUGGUUCUCAUGGAAACUCAGCCUUUCAACCCAUUGCAGCUAGCUGUAAAAUAGUGCCUCAAGGUCAGAUUCCAAGCCCUGCAGAGUCACCAGGAAAAUCCUUCCAGCCUAUCACCAUGAGUUGCAAGAUUGUAUCAGGUUCUCCAGUAUCGACCCCUAGUCCAUCUCCACUACCUCGUACCCCAACCUCCACUCCGGUGCACAUGAAGCAAGGCUCUGCUAGCUCAGUCAUUAAUAAUCCGUAUGUUAUUGUGGACAAGCCUGGACAGAUGGUUGGAGCAGCAGCCACAAGCACAGGGAGCCCCACCGGCAAGCUGACCAGUGUUUGUCAGGCCUCUCACGGGGCCGGAUCUCCUGUACCGAAGAGCCAUGGGAGCAGCUUCGUGACCUCAGCUGUCAAGCAGGAGGAUUCCCUGUUUGCCACCAUGCCACCUCUUUGUCCCAUUGGGAGUCAUUCCAAGGUGCAAAGCCCCAAAUCAGUCACUGGAGGACUUGGAGCUUUUACAAAGGUGAUAAUAAAACAGGAGCCAGGAGAGCUGCCCCAGCAACCCCAGGUAUCAGUAGCGGGGACGACUACGCAGACCUCUGUGCAGCAGUAUGUCACAGUAAAAGGAAGCCACAUGUUAGCCUUGUCGCCGCAGAAGCCAGCUGUGAGCACAAGUGAGGGGGCAACGCAGUCCAAGGUUGUUGGCGUUCCAGUUGGUUCUGCAUUACAGUCGACAGUGAAACAGGCAGUGGCUAUCAGCGGUGGCCAGAUACUUGUGGCAAAGUCUGGUUCUUCAGUAGCAAAGGCUGUUGGUCCAAAACAGGUUGUUACUCAAGGCGUAGCCAAAGCCAUCGUGAGUGGAGGUGGAGGAACAAUUGUUGCACAGCCUGUGCAGACCAUAACAAAGGCACAAGUUACUUCCACAGGUGCUCAGAAAAGUACAUCUCAAGGAUCAGUGAUGGCUACACUGCAGUUACCAGCCACCAACCUGGCAAACUUGGCAAACUUACCACCAGGCACCAAGCUAUACCUCACCACCAACAGCAAGAAUCCUUCUGGCAAAGGAAAACUACUUCUCAUACCCCAAGGAGCCAUACUGCGAGCCACAAAUAAUGCUAGUCUCCAAUCUGGCGGUUCUACGAAUAGUGGAGGAGGAGGAACUCAAAGUACAAGCAGUAACUUGUCACAGCACCUCACCUAUACGUCCUACAUCCUGAAGCAGACACCCCAGGGCACCUUUCUGGUUGGUCAGCCUUCUCCCCAGAGUUCUGGGAAGCAGCUCACACCAGCAUCAGUUGUUCAGGGCAAUGUAGGAGUCGGAGCAUCUUCAACACAAGGACAAGCAUUAAAAGUGAUAACUGGACAGAAAACUGCUUUAUUUACACAGGCUACACCCAGUGGACAGACAUCACUGAUGAAGAUAUCGGACGGGUCUCUGAAAUCAGUGUCUGCCUCAUCCCAGCUCUCCAAACCUGGUACCACAGUGCUGAGAGUAUCGGGCGGUGUUAUCACCACAGCCGCUGCUCCUGCUGUGGCCCUUCCUACAAAUGGGGUGGCCCAGCAGAUAGAUAAUGCAGGUUCCAGUUCAUCGUCUUCUGGAGCUCCUACAUCAAAGACAUCUGGACAACAACACCAAGUCUGUAUAAACCAGACCCAGUCUGCUUCACCAGUAGCGAGCAAGGCUGCUACUUCUACUGUUGUAAGUGUUGCUUCUCUGGUGACUACACCAACACCUGUAACUGGAAAAGCUGCAGUAUCAGGGUUGCUAAAAAUCCACUCAAAUCAGUCUAGUCCACAGCAGGCUGUUCUGACAGUUCCCAGCCAGCUUAAACAGCUCGGUGUAAACACAGCUUCUGGAGGUGUUCAGACAAUACUCAUGCCUAUGAACAAAGUGAUACAGUCACUUUCUACUAGCAAAGUUUCAGCUGUGACAGUGGUCACAUCAGCAAGUACAGUUGUCUCAAGUCCCUCUGUGGCAUCCAUCACUAAAGUUAAGAUGGAGCCUGAUUCAACAGGACAAAACUGCACUUCUGUGGGUACUCAAGAAGGGCAAGCAGCAGUGAAAACAGAAGAGAAUUCAGAACUUGGGAACUACGUUAUCAACAUAGAAUACUUGGAGAACACCCAGCAGCUUUUAACAGCCAUAGUGAAGAAGGUUCCGUUAAUUGCUGAAAAAAGCGAAGAUGUAAGCUCUUAUUGUGCCAGUUCAGUGGAACAGUAUUACAGCUGGAAUAUUGGGAAGAGGAGGGCAGCCGAGUGGCAACGAGCAAUGACGGUGAGAAAGAUCCUGCAGGAAAUCAUAGAGAAGCACCCCAGGUUUCACAGCAUUACACCCCUGAAGACAAAGCAUGUGGUGCAGUGGUGUCGAUGCCAUGGCUACACUCCGCCUGACCCUGAGACCUUGCAGAAUGAUGAGGACUCCAUUGAAGAUGUGCUGACACAGAUAGACAGUGAGCCAGAAUACCCUUCAUCUUACAGCAGUGGUGAGGAUCUGUGCCAAAAACUAGAGGAACUGCAGCAGUUUCUGAAACAAGAACCUGAGCAUGAAGAGGAAGUAGAUGUUCUCAACUUUAGUGAGACCUUAAAAAUAAACAUUAAAAAAGAACAGGAGGAGAAACAAGAGGAGGUGAAGUUCUAUUUGACUUCCUUGCCUGCAUCAGAGUUUGUGAGGGACACAGCAGAGAAGAUAGGGAUUUCCUUUCAGCCUGCUGAGGUACAAAGGAAUGUUUAUGCGUCAGUAGUAGAAGAUAUGAUUUUAAAGGCCACUGAACAGCUAAUGAGUGACAUUCUGCGGCAAGCACUGGCAGUGGCAUACCAGACAGCUCCUCACAACAGGGCUCCAAGAGAGAUCACAGUGAUGAAUAUUCACAAAGCCAUCUGUAGUAUUCCGUUUCUUGACUUCCUCACAAACAAACACAUGAAGAUACUAAAUGAGGAACAAUGAAACAGACCAGAGAAGAUGCUAUGGGAAAGGCUAUUGGAUGACAAAUCCAGUUGGAUACUGUUGUAUACAUUUAUAGCAUCAGGCUAGUAGCUUGUUACCUCCAAUUAAAGAUGCACCUUAAUGCAACAAAAUGAUGCUCUGUUCCAAAUCAAGUUGUUAGAUGUCAAUGUUUACUUGGUAAGUGUAUGUUCAGUGGCUGAACAAACAUUGUCAGUUUGCAUCAAGUUGCUAGCUGUGAGAGGCUCCACAGUUCUGGGCCCUCUGACAAGAGCUGUAUUGAUGAGAUUGAACUUUUUUUUUUUUUUUUUUUGCAAAAGAAAUUAUGCUUUUUGAUGCAUACUACAUGCCAGCUGGUUUCCCCAUGCAGUGGGCAGAACAGUUGCUCUGUCACUAGGAAUAUGAGAGAACUGCAGGUCAGCUUUUAAAGGUGGGUCAUUCGAGUUGCACGUGGAGGAGCGGAAGGCUGAUGGUUCCACCAAGUUCUGCCAGUCCUCCUUGAGCACUGUAUGCGUGACUGGGAACACAGCUGGGUGGGCUUGUUGUCUGCUUAUUCACUAAGUGCAACCUAACCAGGUAACACCUAGCCUCUUCAGAGGAGGUGUGACAUCUCACCGUUCUCAGUCACCUUGGAGAGGAGGGUGGACUGGCACAUGCUCAAUCAAUAUGAAUAAACCAUGGUCAGGCUUGGUAAGAUUGGUAUGGCUACUUCUGCAUGAGAAAGGUGAAGAGUAUGGGACAGUAUUGAGUGUCUGCAGGCUUGGACUGGCUGAAACCUUUGCCCAGCAAAUGCCUCCCCAGGCUGCCGUGAGUUUUGGAGGGCAUGUGACCAGCCUAGCCUUGUUGUUCUGACAGCAUUCACUAACAGCUUGGAUUCUCAAGUGGGACUUUGACUGAACUCCUGCCAAAUUCACAGAAGCCUGAUGAGGUCAAAAAAAUCAGAGGUUUGUUGCUUGUGGGGACCUCCUCUGAUGGCCUGAUUGCAAGGAAGUUCUGCUACUUGUGCUAGCUCAUGACACCUUUCUCAAGAACGCUUUGAUGACAACGCCUGGACUGCCCUCAUCCACUGCCCCUCUGUCCAGUCCAUGGGCGCUUGCUCGUAGUGUGAGUAAACCAUUGUGAGUCCAUGGGACUCCUGUGGGGCGGUUGUGCUCUCAGGUGCAUGAGGCAGCGUUGUCAGGUGGGUGGAGCAUGGGUCAAGCAGCCUGAGCCUCCAGUGCACUGAUCUCAGCUGGGUCACUGAUCUGCUGCAUGGCCUUUUAUUUAAUCACUCUGUGCCUCAGUUUCCCCAUCUCUGAGCAUGGGGAGAAGGAUACCUACCUCACAGGGAUGUACUGAGGCCUCUCACUCUUGUUGGUGCCGUGCUUUGACAACACAAAGCCUUUUAUAAACAUGUAAUUGCAGUUACCUUUCCUGGCCUGGAGUAGGAACACAAAUCUUCAAAAUGUUACCUUUUGGUGCUUUUUUGGGGCUAGAAAAUGGGCUGUGGUAAUGCCAGCUGUGUGCAGGAACCGUGGAAGGUGGUUUAGUUAGUGGUCUCAGGCUGUUGAGGAGAGCUGACAAGCUGGGUGCAGUUCUUGAUCUGCAGAAGGUACUGUGUACCUCAGAUGAGAGGCUGCAUGUUUUCUCCAUCCUGAAUGAAGCCGGGGUCUGCAGACAGGCCCCUCCUAGUUUGUGAGAGCUGAUGGGGCAUUAUAGUCUGCUUGAAUACAAGUGGCAGAGCCUGGUCCUUGAAUCUAGGAAACGGGUGGAUGAAAUCCAAAGAGCAUUCAGAGAAGGAUUUAGGUUCCCCUGAAAAUGCUAUUUUUGGAUGCUCUGGAUUCAAAAGACUAUCCUGGCUUGCUGGGGUGAGCCCAGUGUGGGAAGUGCACAGCUUAGCCCUGAUGUUGGUUUUUAGCAGGGAUCAGUGUGAAGGGGCUGAGCAGUUGUGAUUAUGUCUGAGCUGUGUAGGGAGAAGUGCAGGGAGCUGGAGCUCCUGGCCCCUUGCUGUUCAUAGGCUGUUGCGAGCUCCAAAUCCUUGUGCCCAGCAUCCUUGGGUACAACUUCUACAAAAAGGCGAUUGUUAGCUAUCUGUCACUAUUGCUGUGAUGGGUUGUGUAGGAGCAGCCUUUUGGACAAAUGCAGUCGUACUAGGGUCUGCUGCAAUGACACAUGUGUUCCCAGCCCCUGACUCCUAUGGGCUUCACUCUGGGAUUUCAGUGUGCCCAGCACAGCUCUUGAGAAGCUUCAGUGUGGGCAUCUGUUUGCAAAUCAUGGCAUCCUCACCCAUGUCCUGCUGUUCUGCAAAGAACAGGGUAUCAGCGCAGGAGGCGUGGGGCAGCCCUGUGGUGGAGAGCUGCAGCAGAGAGCUGCUGAGAUGUUUCAGAGCAACCACAGGCUAUUCUGCUGCAUUAAUAAUAGAUAGCGUUUGCUGAAGAGAAAUGAAAUCUCUUAGAAAAUAACACAUUUGCUGUAGUCCUUCAGAUGUAGGUAAUGUUUGCAGUAUGUCCUUUGAAAAGUGGUGGGAGGAGGAUCUCAUCAGAAAGAAGUGCCUGUGCAAAUAGCUCGGGGCGGGGGGGGCACAAGUGAGAGACCUCUCUACAAACAUUGCCCCUUUGUAAUGCUGAGUGUUUGAAUUCUUCAUGUUAUCUGUAUUAUACUGUAUAAUUGUGUAAGAUACCUAUGUUUACAAUAAAUUCUUUUGUUAACUGUGA